ACUAAAUGAGAUAUCAGUGAUCUGCAGGAUUAUAAUCUGUGUUUGGGCUGCAUCAGUGCGUCCAUGACAAAUCAGCCAACACAUACCAGUGACUGUGGGUCGAUAAAUCUGUGGAGGACGGGACCUGACGUAGACUGAGCCUCAUUCAGAGGAGUUUGUUCAGGCCAAACGCCUGCUGCUGCUGGUUUGUCUCCGGGCUGGAACAUGGCUCUGUCAUUCCUUCUGGUUUUGGCUGCCACCGUGAUCCUCAUCAGACCUGAGACGCCUGUAACUAAGGCCUUACAUCAGAACUCAGUGGAGUGCUGUGGCGAUAAAGUGAAAGUGAACAAUUCGUGUUCGAACGACACUCACUGUGAACCAGGCUGUUUUGUGCGCGUCCUCGAGAACAGCAACACUGUGUGCAUAUUCUGUGACUCGGCGUCCGUGGACCUGGAGAAUAUCACAGUCUGCACCUACAACUACACAGUGGAGCGGAAGAAUCACACCACUGUAACCACUGUCAUUCCUAAAAUUGGAGGGCCAGGAGUGGCAGCCUCUCUGCUUCUGGGAACACUGUUGAUCAGCCUGUUCCUGAUCCUGUCUGUCGCCUCCUUCUUCUACCUCAAACGCUCCAACCGACUCCCAGGCAUCUUCUACCGCCGCAACAAAGCCUUCAUUUUCCAACCAAGCGAGACAGCUGUCAUGAUUCCCUCCUCAUCAGCGAGAAAAACAAGAUAUGUCAGAAGGGAGCGCCCCUCUGCAAAAUCAACAGAGAACAGUGGCACGAUACCAACGACGGCCACCACUCUUAACGUGUAGGAGGGGGAACGGCGGCGGCGGCGGCGGCGGUGUUGGUGCAGGUUACAGAGAAAGCUCAGGAAGGAUGUUAGAUUUUCUUUUACCAAGUGUGUGGGAAAGAAAAUUUGCCAAAUUUAAGUAACUGCUGGCAGAGCGUCUUACUGACGUGACCUUUUGACUUUGCCAUAUUUUCCUUGAAAUGAAGCAGAUGCAGAAACUGAAACUGUUAAAAAAAAAAAAAGUAGAUUCAAUAGUUCCUCAAACGUUUAGACAACGCAGUUGGGUUUUUAUUUGCCGCCCAGUCAUGCAGCGCUGUCGUAACACUCCAUCACUCACGUCUUCGAUCAUAAGUCACUGCAAAAUAUGUCUCUUUGAUGUAUAAUUUAACAGCCAAGAGGUAGCAGUGAAGUUUGAAACGUUCCUCAGGCCCUCAUGAAAACUAUGACUCUGGGUCUGGUAGCCACUUAGCUUAUAGCAUUAAGACUGCAAACUACUACAGCUCACAAGAAACAAGUCAUUUCUAUGUAAAAUAAACAUUUUACCAUCUUACAAGGAAUUAUGUGACAAACUCAUUUACUAAACAAUCAUACAGUGUAGUUUUUAAAAUGUGAGCUUUUAGAGGUGCAAGAAAAGGCAGGGGAAUAGUCGUUUUCCCCUUAUUUUCAGUCAGUAUGCUAAGCUAAUGUCACGUGGCUGAGCACCAUUUUUAACUCUCAUCAUGGCUUUCCUCUUGGUUUAAAUGGUUUGUAGAAAUGUGAGCUUUUUUUUGCAGAGCAGCCAUUUUGUCAGGUGUUUCUUAUCACAUUAACGACGACUCUGUUUAAGUCUUUUUUUUAAGGAUUUAAACCAGUUUCUCUGAUUUUUCAGC